UUUUCAUUUUAUAUGAUGUAAUACCCACUGUCUGUGCCUCCAGCUUCGCGAUCGUGCCACCGCGUGACAUUGUCGUGCCACCACGCACCGCCUCCGGCCGGCGUGCCACUAGCCCCACACGCAACCGACCAGAGAAUCCGUCACUGUCAGCGUUCCAAUUUAAAGCCACAAGCAUUCUAUCUUGAAGCUUCCGCCAAACCUUUGGGUUUCUCGCAUUGAUCAUAACCUGAAGUGAAGCCCAUGGUGUAAGGAUUCUAGCUAUCCACAAAGAUUCGGAAGUUCAUUGAUGCCAAUUUUAUCGAAAAGUAUCCUAUGAAUCCUAUGGAGGCAGCUCAUGGUGCUCCUAUUCCACCACCAUCACCUCUAAGAGCACCAAUUAUGUCACCGAUAGAGCAGCACUUAACUGCCCGCAUGGAUCAUGUGCAGGACCUCUUUGUUGUAAUUCGUCGGGCUCUUGAGAGCCUUAAUGACUCUUUUUACAGGUUUACUCUACAUCAGCACCAGCAGGACCCAAACCCAUUUCAAUGGCCCACUCCUGAAGCAUUCUCAGCCCUUUGUGCUUGGCCUGAGAGCAGGCCUAACUUUCCAGCAGAGUGGCGCUUAACUGACCAUAUGGGUCAUAUGGAGGACUUCUUUGCUUCGAUUCGUUGGGCUUUUGAGAGCCUUAAUGACUAUUUUUACAGGUUUACGCUGCAUCAACACCAGCAGGACCCUAACCCAUUAAAUUGGCCCACUCCUGAAGCAUUCUCUGCCCUUUGUGCUUGGCCAAAGGGCAUAACUAUCUUCCCAGAGGAGGAGGAGCAUGUUGAGGUUGGAGCUGGUGUGGAAGCUGAAGGAGGAGAGCAAGAAGAGGAAGCGGUUGCUGGUGGAGCUGAGGAAGGCUCUGAGGAGGAAGUCAGUUCUGAUGAGGAAUAUGGGAGUCAGGCUGAAUCGAUGGAAGAAGAUGAGGGAGGACAGUGAAGAGGUUACCACCACCCAUGGCCCUGACAUUCAUUUAGUGUUUUUCUUUGCAUUCAUUAAAAUUCAACACUUUUAUUUUUUUAGUUGGUUAAUGUUAAUAGUUUAGUUUAAAGAUUACUUGUUUUGCACUAUUUUGGGUAUGCUGCACUCUAGGUUGCAGCGGUAGCUGGUAUGAGUUAUGUUUGAACUAGUUUGAAUUUAUGGUUUCACAUGCACAUUAGUAUUGUAUAUGCCAGUUCUUUUGGAAGCA